AUGACAUCUUCGUCAGUCAUUGAUUCAUUGACUUCUACCUGUGUAGUACUUCAGCUGGUACUUAUGAAGGUGUCAUUGUUACCAGAAGACAGAGAUGUCAAUAACCCCAUCCCUAACCGAGGAGGCAAUGGAUUAGUUCCUGGGGAUGACAGAUUCAAACCAGUGGUACCAUGGCCUCAUGUUGAAGGAGUAGAAGUGGACUUAGAGUCUAUUAGAAGAAAAAACAAGGCCAAAAAUGAACAAGAACACCAUGCUGGAGGAGAUUCCCAGAAAGACAUAAUCCAGAGGCAGUAUCUCACAUUUAAGCCUCAGACAUUCACCUACCAUGAUCCUGUGCUACGCCCAGGGAUCCUCGGUAACUUUGAACCUAAAGAACCUGAGCCUCAUGGAGUGGUUGGUGGCCCUGGAGAGAAAGCCAAGCCAUUGGUUUUGGGACCAGAAUUCAAACAUGCAAUUCAAGCCAGCAUUAAAGAGUUUGGAUUUAACAUGGUGGCAAGUGACAUGAUCUCACUGGACCGCAGCGUCAAUGAUUUACGUCAAGAAGAAUGCAAGUAUUGGCAUUAUGAUGAAAACUUGCUCACAUCAAGCGUUGUCAUUGUCUUCCAUAAUGAAGGAUGGUCAACCCUCAUGAGAACCGUCCACAGUGUAAUUAAAAGGACUCCAAGGAAAUAUUUAGCAGAAAUUGUGUUAAUUGAUGAUUUCAGCAAUAAAGAACACUUAAAAGAAAGACUGGAUGAGUACAUUAAAAUGUGGAAUGGCCUAGUGAAAGUAUUUCGAAAUGAGAGAAGAGAAGGUUUAAUUCAAGCACGAAGUAUUGGUGCUCAGAAGGCUAAACUUGGACAGGUGCUGAUAUACCUUGACGCCCACUGUGAGGUGGCAGUUAACUGGUACGCACCACUUGUAGCUCCCAUAUCUAAGGACAGAACUACAUGUACUGUGCCUCUAAUAGAUUAUAUAGAUGGGAAUGAUUAUUCCAUUGAACCACAGCAAGGUGGGGAUGAAGAUGGUUUUGCCAGAGGGGCCUGGGACUGGAGUUUACUGUGGAAGCGUAUUCCUCUAAACCACAAGGAAAAGGCCAAAAGAAAACAUAAAACCGAACCUUAUCGGUCCCCAGCCAUGGCUGGUGGAUUAUUUGCCAUUGAACGAGAAUUCUUCUUUGAGCUGGGUCUCUAUGAUCCAGGUCUGCAGAUUUGGGGUGGUGAAAACUUUGAGAUCUCAUACAAGAUAUGGCAGUGUGGUGGCAAAUUACUGUUUGUCCCUUGUUCUCGUGUGGGACAUAUCUACCGACUUGAGGGCUGGCAAGGAAACCCUCCACCUGUGUAUGUUGGGUCUUCUCCAACUCUAAAGAAUUAUAUUAGAGUUGUAGAGGUUUGGUGGGAUGAAUAUAAAGACUACUUCUAUGCUAGUCGUCCUGAAUCAAAGGCGCUACCCUAUGGAGAUAUAUCUGAGCUGAAAAAAUUUAGAGAAGAUCACAACUGCAAAAGUUUCAAGUGGUUUAUGGAAGAAAUAGCUUAUGAUAUCACCUCACACUACCCUUUGCCACCCAGAAAUAUUGACUGGGGAGAAAUAAGAGGCUUGGAAACCGCUUACUGCAUUGAUAGCAUGGGAAAAACCAAUGGAGGCUUUGUUGAACUCGGACCCUGCCACAGGAUGGGAGGGAAUCAGCUUUUCCGCAUCAAUGAAGUAAAUCAACUCAUGCAGUAUGACCAGUGUUUAACGAAGGGGCCUGAUGGGUCAAAAGUUAUGAUUACACACUGUAAUCUAAAUGAAUUUAAGGAAUGGCAAUACAUCAAGAACCUGUACAAAUUUAUUCAUAUUCCUUCAGGAAAAUGCUUAGAUCGCUCCGAAGUCCUACAUCAAGUGUUCCUCUCCAAUUGUGACUCUAGUAAAAUGACUCAAAAGUGGGAAAUGAAUAACAUCCAUAGUGUUUAGAAAGAAAAAAAGAAACCAAUAACCUACCUACUGACAAAUAAAUUUAUACAGGACUGAAAACCACCUGAAACCUGCUGCAACUAUUAUUAUCUCCAUACAACUCCAAACCUGAAACCUCCUGAUCAGUUUGAAGGACGUUGAUAAACUGUGAUUUUACAAUAACAUUAUCAUCUGCAGUUACUGUUUACAAAACUGCUUUUACCUUAAACUUUGUAGAUGUUUACAUCUUUUUUGUUUUGUCUUAAGAUGAUGUUGGUAAUUUGUGUUUUUAGCUCUGUUUUAUUAAAACAGAGGUAAAAGCAUGUUGUCUUCUUUGGGAUUACACUCAGGGGUCUGAAAGGCAGUUUGGUUUUGUUUUUGUUUUUAACACACUUGAAAAAAAAAAAAAAGGUUGGAGUAACCAGAUUUUCAUAUACAACAUGGUAAUAAUCAACCUGUUGUGUCUAUUUAAUUUUACAUCUUUUUGAAGCACUGCCACAGGUUAUUAGCCAAGGUGGCCUUCCUUCACAGUCAUGCUGCUUUUUUAAAAGGUGAAUUUCAACACAUUUAGUGCCUCUUUCAUUUCUCAGUUUAUAUUUAAAGAGCUUUUGAUGAAAUGUAUAGGACAGUAAUGAUGGAAUUGUCACCAAUAUUGGGAAUACUUUUACUACUCAGAAAUGAAUUUAUUCCAUUUGCUAUGAAGUUGAAUGUUGAAUGGCUUGAAAAAGAAAUGACAAUUAAAACACCCAAGGCUAUGUAGUCUAGAGGAUUUGAAGACUGCGGCAUUAACUCCCUUACCUGCUAGCAUUCCCAAUGCCUUUUGUCUGUAUAAGCCCCUAGAAUAGUAAAGUGCUCUUCCAACAAGAGAAAAAUUGUCCUCUGACAUUUGGGAAUUUACUUUGCCCCAGUAUCUGUCACUAUAAAAAACUAUAAUUCUUAGUUUUGAAAAUUUGAAAGGGGGUGAUAAAACAGCAAAACACCACUAUAAACACAUCAAAGGUUAAUUCUGUCUGAGGUAAAAAUUUCUAAGCCGUUGUUAGAGUAAG